GGAGGAGAAGAAACCCCUGUGCUGCCUUCUCUCGCUUCUCCUUCUCCUCUGCUUCCAGCGCCACUCUCGGCCAGGCUGCCUUGAGCCCGCAGGGUCCUGCCGCUGCUGCUGCUGCUGCUGGCCCAGAGGCGUCCCAUGCGGCUGGCGGAGGAGGCGGCGGCGGCGGAGGCGGAGGGGAAGGCGUCUCCCGGGGCGGGCGGCACUCAGAGUCAGGAGGGACAUGCCUCGUCGUCGUCGCUCUGUUUGCUGCUGCUGCUGAGAGCGGCGCCCGGGCGGCGGAGGAGCCGCGAGAGCGAGAGGAGCCAGGGCUGCUGCUGCUGCUGCCCGCCGAGGAGUAAGAAGAAGCGCCGAUGAUGACCGCCGCGGAGACCUCCGCCGCCUCCUCUUCCCCGUCCCCCCGCGCCUCCACGCAGCUCCGCGCCCUCUUCAGGAUGGAGCCCGCCCCGACCCUCGCUUCCGAGCAGCUGGGGGGCGCCUCCGAGCUCCUCAAAGACCGGCUAUAUUUUGCUACUUUACGGAACAGACCCAAAAGCACAGUGAACACCCACUAUUUCUGUACAGACGAGGAGCUGGUUUAUGAAAAACUAUUUGCCAGCCAAUCCCCCCUUGAAAUCCCUUUACUCUGGAGGUUUUGCUGCAACGUAAACACGAAAUUACAAUCAUUCAGUCUAUCAAGAAAGAAAAUAGUGUAUUAUACCAGCUUUGACCAGCGGAAACGAGCAAACGCAGCAUUUCUGAUAGGUGCAUAUGCAGUAAUAUACUUGAAGAAAACACCAGAAGAAACUUACCGAAUACUUUUAUCGGGAUCCAAUCCACCAUAUCUUCCAUUUAGGGAUGCCUCAUUUGGAAAUUGUACAUACAAUCUAACUAUUCUGGACUGUCUACAAGGAAUAAAAAAGGCCUUACAGCAUGGAUUUGUUGACUUCAAGACAUUUGAUGCAGACGAGUAUGAGCACUAUGAGCGAGUAGAGAAUGGUGACUUCAACUGGAUUGUCCCAGGAAAAUUUUUAGCAUUUAGUGGACCACAUCCAAAGACCAAGAUUGAAAAUGGCUACCCUCUCCAUGCACCCGAAGCCUAUUUCCCAUAUUUCAGAAAACACAACAUAACAACAAUCAUAAGACUCAACAAAAAGAUUUACGAGGCCAAGCGUUUCACCGAUGGUGGGUUUGAGCACUAUGACCUAUUCUUCAUUGAUGGAAGCACGCCAAGUGAAAAUAUACUGCGACAGUUUUUGAGCAUCUGUGAGGAAGCAGAAGGUGCCAUAGCUGUACAUUGCAAAGCUGGCCUAGGAAGAACUGGAACACUAAUAGCCUGUUACAUAAUGAAACAUUAUAGAUUUACACAUUCUGAAGCCAUUGCUUGGAUACGAAUGUGCCGACCAGGUUCUAUUAUUGGACCCCAGCAGCACUUUCUUGAAGAAAAGCAGUCAACGUUAUGGAUCCAAGGAGACAUCUUUCGCGCCAAACAGAAACCGAGAGGAGUAGGUGAAGACAGCGUGAACAAAGUUCUGUCUGGCUUUGAUGAUAUUUCCAUCAGUGGGACGUUAAAUAAAACAGAAAAUUUGGAUAGAUAUGGAGAGAAUGAUCUGGACAACAAUGCAGAAGUAGAGACUAAGAAUGGGAUGACUCAGGGAGACAAACUCCGUGCCUUAAAACUUCGGAGACAGCCACGUUCAGCUACAACAGGAGCUCUUAGGUUAGAAGAUAUGAAACUGCACACCAGAUCCAUAUCCCAGCCCUUCAGACUGAAUUCUGCAGCUUUCACUGAAGGGUCUAUAUCUCCUCUGAAGUCCUCCAGAGUGACAGUUGCUGUAUCACCUGCAGCAAAGAGAAUAAGCAGGCAUUCUCCAUCCUCAAGCCCAAAUUUAAAAAGCAUUUCCAUAAACUCCAGGCUAGCCAAUUCUCUAGGGAACCUGUAUGCUGCUUCAGAUGAUGCUGAGAGCAAAAUGGCAACAACGUCCUCUAGGACAGGUUAUUCUGUAAACCAAAUCUCCACUCAUUUGAAUGGCAGUGCACAACUGCCUGCCAGAAAUUACCAUGAACUGAACAACAACCUGUACAACAGGAGCGGCACUAGUGCUACCAACCUCAACAGCUAUGCCAAUUCUCCCAACGUCCUGACUGAUGGGUACAGCACCUACAGACCAUAUACGGGGCUCUCUACUUCUCCAGCAAGAUAUCUGAGUCGAUCGAUUCCUGUAAGUUCACAGACUCGGCAGCUCUCCCAGGGAUCUGACAGAACCUUUCUUCAGCCAGAGCUUCUUCAAAACAGUUUCUGACCAUUGUAGACCUUUUUUUUCCCUGGUCUCCUUCUAUCUUGAGAUUCCUUCCUUCUAAGCAAAUAAGAUCUUAGCAUUUUGUUUUUUGCUAAUCCCCUCUUAGCAAAAGCUAUCGGACACCUUUUACUUCUAUUGCUUUGUCAUUCUCGCAAAAACAGAUGUAGUGAAAACAGAUAGUUCUUUAAUUCGCUAACAUCUUUCAUGAGUGCAUCUUCCUUCCUUAGACUAUUCAUGUCAAAUGAUUAAAAUAAUAAAAAUGCUGAAAGUGUGUGACUGUCAUGACACUGUAAAAUAUUCCUAAUUCUUAAGAUGUAUUCAAAACUCAUUAGAGUUAUUCAGAGACAACAAAUUAAAAUAGGAUAUAACACUGUUACCAUUAAAGUUUGUAAUAGAAUAUAACUCAUAAUCUGAGUUAAAUCUAUCCCUGUCCGUAACCUCAUGUAAAAAAGAAAGAAAGAAACUAGCCCCAUGUUUCUGUUUUUUUUCUGCAUGAAAUUUAUAAAUUUGAUACGUAUGACUUCCAUCUUCUUCAAAAUUUACAUGGUUACGAUUUAGGGAAAAAAGAGAUUUUGCUUAAAAUCUCUGGCUUCCUAGAAUGCUGCUUAAUUAUCUAGUCCUGUGGGAAUUCUUGAUCCAAAACAGCACUUGUUAGGAAUCAGUUUUUAGGUCACUGAUGCACAAUAAAAUCUUGUUGAUUUUCUUGGACUGCAACUCUCAUAAUCUCUCACUGAUGGCGAUGGGAGUUAUUGUCCAACACCAUCUGAUCCCUAGCUUGCUGUAGGCUCAGAAAAUCAGUCCUUUGCCACUGUUGCAGUACUGCAGUGUUUGAAGCUACAGCGUACAAUCCUGUACUCCUUCAGCUGGUAGAAUUUACAUGUCCCAUUGGAACGUUGAGUGUAAUGCAGAAGCACUAAAACUGUGCUUGUGUGCUUUUCAAAAUUAAGAACUAAAGUUUCUUCCAUGAAUUUUGUUUUGAAAAUCUGUGACCGUUACAUACAGCAAACGUCAACGUGUUUCACUUUAUAGCAAAAACACUUGAAAUCUUGUGCCAAUUUGAAAUAAUUUAGUGGAUAUAUAAAAAAAGAAACUUGAUUUCAAGAUUUUACUGUAAAAUGUGUUUCUGGCCAUUGCCAUUUUUAAAAAGUCACAUUUGAAUUUGUUAUGUACAUUUUUGUUUUACACUAUGCUCUAUCGUGUAAACUAUUAAAACACCAUAAAGCUAGAACAGUUUUUUUGAAGGUGUAGAUGGAAUAUGUUUGAAACAGACCCUGCAAACUUCCCAAAUGACACGUUGGGCUAUUAUAUUGUAGAAGAUGUUUGAGGUAAAUCUCUUGAGUAUCUGAGAAAGAGAAGUGGAAUGAGGCUAUAUACCAUCUUCUUGUGUGAUAUUCUUGUGUAAAUGUAGGCAUUGACAAGUGAAAUGAUAGUGAUUCUUCAUGAAUGGGUCAGACAGACAAUUUAUCACAAUUAAUAGAAUUUAUAUUCCCAAGCGCUAUUCUGCCCAAAGAGAUCUAAUAUGGUCUUCACAGCUACCAGAUUUUUAGAAAACUAGAUAAAUUGUGCCUGAUCAUUAGAUAACCACAACCCGGGUUUAUGCACAUCUCAUCAAUAUUGUUACAACUAACUACAAGAAGGAUAUAAAUUGCAUGUCUUGAAAGAAAAGUUUAAAUACCGUAUAUACUCAACUAUAAGUUGAAAAAUAUAUGUCCAAAAAUUGACCCUAAAAUCCAGGGUCAACUUAUAUAUAGGUCAAUACAGUCACCACGGGUCGAGAUCAACCGGAGGGCAGUUAACAACAAUGACAAAUAGUAAUACUGCUUAGAAAGGUCCUUAAAAAAGCGACAUCGAUGCCCCACUCUCCAUACCUUGACAGUUAUUUCUGAAAGAGCUGCUAAGGCAGGAGCGUGUGUGUGGUGAUUCCCUUCUCAAUCUGAUGUUAAAACCUCACCCCACCCUCCUCCAGAUCUCUCUGAUCACCCUAUUUCCUUCCACUUUCCUCUCUUCCCAAUCCAGUGUUAAAAUCUUUUCUUCUCAUCCUGUUCCCCCUCUGCAUUUCCUCUGACUACCAAACAGCCUAUUUCCUUCCACUUCCCAAUUGAAUGUUAAAACAUUUUCUCUUCACUUUCUUCCUCUUCCUCCAUAUUUCUCUGACCACCAAACAGCCCCCAUUUCCCUCCACUUUCGUCCUUCUCAAUCCAAUAUUAAAACCUUCUCCUCCCCUAAGUUUUACCUUCAACUUAUCCACAGGUCAUAUCAAAAUCCAUGAUUUUGGCCCUAAAACCUUCCCUCGAUUUAUACAUGAGGUCGACUUGUACACAAGUAUAUACGGUAUUGUGUUUGUGGCAUAGCAGCUCUUGCUUUCUGUUUACUUCACACAGAAGAAGUUAUGUUUUAAUGUGGAUAGUUGAUAGAUCUGGGUUAUUUCAUUCUCAAAAGAAACAAUGAGUAAUUUUAGCCAUUUUCUACCUGCUACAAUAACGACUAUUUGCAGUUUGGGGCUUCUGUACAAAAUCCAUGUAUGGUAUGUUUGUGCAGGAAACAGCAUUUUCUCUGCAGGAAAUAAUACGAGCAGAAAAUACUGUUUCAAGCACAAAAACAUUGUAUGCAAAUUUUGCACAGUCCAUAUGGUCAGGCACAUGUCAAAAUGGCACACCAGCAGUGCAAUGGCUUGGAGCGUGGAGAUGUUCAGUCCUCACCCUGCAUACAGGCCGGCGCUUUUCGCCAGUCUAUCAAGCCCCUCUGUGUCAGCUAGUUUAAUAAGAUUACUGCUGCAGUUGAAUGAGGUCUGUCAGUGUUGUUCGCCUUUGCAAACAUAUGGAUGGAAUGGUUAUUUCCCUCUUCUCCUCCCUCAGUCCCAUUGGUUUCUUUUGGACCUAGUACUAGAUACAUGGGUUUAGCAUCUGGACUUGUAGUGAACAGCAAGCAGUGACGUAGCCAAGGAGGGGGUCCGUGGGGUCCAGACCCCCCCUUCCGUUAAUCAAUGUUAAAAAUAAUAUCAACCAAACCUAAUCUUAUCACAAAAUAUAUGGUGGCACUUAGUCUCGACCCCCCCUCCCCAAAAUCCUGGCUACGUCCCUGCAGCAAGGUUGAUAAAAACCUUAGAUUUCAUAACUGUAGUACCAGGCUCUAGAAUUAAUAUCUCUCCAGAUACUGUAAUUUGAAAUCCAGUUUCCUUAUCAGACAAAAUUCUGUGUCCAUAGGGGAUCUGUUAGUAUAGCUAUUAGGAAAAGACAGACGCAAAUAAUGAUAUAGGGUUUUCAUGGCAUGCUUUUAAUUAUACUAACACCACUCACUUUCUCCCUGCCUGUCUUUGCUGCUUACAAUGAUUGUACACAUUGAUUUGUACUACAUUCUUUUUCUUUCAAAUGUAUUUCUGAAAUGUUUCAGUGUAUUCUUAAAUGUGCUGUCUUGAUUAAUUUCAUGCAGAUUUAGUCCCACUUCAUUCUCUUUUCAAACAGAAUCAGAAAUGCGAGAAAUACUUUUCACUAUUGAUGUUAAUAUGAGCAUAAUUAGAUCAUAAUAAGCACAAUUUCAUCUUACUGUUGUUGUUGUUUUUUGCUGAGAUAAUUUGUAGAAGUAGUUAUGACUAUGUCCUUUAUUUUAAAGCCCUUAAUGUAAGAGGCAGCUGAAAUUCAUAAUUUAUCAUGACAAUCAAAAUGUUAGCAACUAUAGAACAGUCAGUGGUUUCUUUGAAUAAUUUUCUACUACCCACAGACAAAAAAAAACCCCGCUGUCCACUUUGCAACAGGACUGUCCUAAUAAUAAUUUUAUAUGAAAUUGUAGUUUUUUAUCUUGCAAUGUUGUUUCUAUUGUUGCAAUUCCA